AUGAAAACUUAAAGCAAUAAGGAUUCUUCUAAGACUUCAACCGCAAGCAGCAACGCUUCUUAGCUCGAUGAGAUUCUUGAUAAUUUUUUCCAGGCUAAUAAAUUUUAAGCAGCUAAAAGACCUAAUUUCCAUGGUACGUAGCCACACCUCGAUAAAUUAAAAACAAAAUCUUUUGAAAAAUCCGAUGUGUCUUCAUAAAGCUAAUAUACUUAGGGAAUUUCUAAGUAGCCAAACUUCACAUCAUCUCAAAAAGAUUUAAAAUCUUCAGAGAGAACUGUUGCCUCUUUAAAUACAAAAUAAACCCAAAAUUACUUUGAUUCAUCAAGCGAUGACGAAAAUAUAAUAGAGUAGUUCAAGCCAUAUUCAGCUGCUUUUUACAAACAAAAAGUAACUCCUAACGUAGCCCCAAAUUCUUUUGCCCAUACUAACAAUUUUAAAAAUAAAAACAAUGUAUUAUGCACUUAAUCAUAAGAUUCUAACACUCCUAUUUUAAACGAUAUCAGAAGCGCUUCGAGUAAUUUAAAUAGCCAAGUAGAUGAUUUACACCUUUAAUAAUUUAAUUCUCGCUAAAAUUCACUUCAUAAUAACCCAUAAAUAAAUACAUUUUAAAGAUAAAACUCUUAAUAACUGAACUCCCAUAAUUCUUGCGAAUUAUAAUAAUCCAAAUCUAGCAAAAAUAAUUUAAUAUCAUCCUCUAUUUGCGGGAAUAAUCAAAAAGAUAGCCAAGAUAAAACUACAGUUGGCAAAGACUCAGUUGAGAAGGGGUGUUGGUCUGACUCAUCAAAAAAGAAAGGUUUGACUUAUAUUAACUCAUUUUAAGAAAAAUAAAUUAAAAAUUAAAAUGAAAAUUAUAAACUAUCAGCAAAUUUGUAGCGUAGUAGCUCCAAUCAUGUUUAAUCAAUGAAUCAAUUGCUAAAUAAGUACCGUUCUGAAAGCUAAGGGAGUAUGAGAAAUGAUGUCUUCUAGGCAAGCAGCUUAACAACAUUAGGAGAUAGAUCAAAUAAAUCAAGUUUAUCAAAGAUUUAAGAAGAUUAAACUCAUGAAGAUGAAAACUGCUAAAGCCAUUAAAGUGAAUAUGAUUUUCAUCCAUAUGAAUAGCGCCUAAAAAACAGCGCGUCAGUAAGUAUAAGUAAGAGUUAGUAGAUUAAGAAUUAAAAUCAAUCUCUCUUACAGCCAAAAAAUAUCUUUAAUUAAAAUUAAACUAAACACUUAGCAAUUAAUUAAAACGAAUCUUUUGGAUUCGAAAGUAGCAAUUAUUUUAAUAAUAACAAUAACUUAACAUAAAAUAGAUAGAAUCAAAUUAAUUUUGGUUCAAAUUCUCAAAAUAAUUAAUUAUUUUUAGAUUAAGAUAAAUUUUUUUCAUCUGAAAAGGAACAAUUUAAAAAAUAUGAGUCUCUUUACUCAAGCUAAAAUAAAUAAAAUUCUAAUUAAAUUGAAGAAAGUAACUCUUUAUUCAGUGAAAAUCAGUAAUCUAAAAAAUUCACUCUCAAAAAAAUCUCACCAAUAUAAAAAUUCUCAACAUAACCUAUAAGCAACAGUUAUUUUCAAUAAAAAAGCAAUUCAAAUGAUAAUAAGAAUUGGAAUGAUCAAGAUGAUGAUGAUUCUGACGAAGACAUUGAAUACCUCAAAAAAAUUGCUUAGAAUUCAUAAUAAAAAAAUUUGCUUGGAAAUUCAUCAUAGUAGGCUCUCAAUAAACAAAUAGAAGGACUUACUUUAUUCAAAUCAAAAUCAACUCCUUCCCCAUAAAGAUCUUCUAGUUUGACAAAUAUCCUUAACAAAUUUAAAUGCAAUAAAGAGCAUUAACUUUAAAUUCUCAAAUAAUCUUCAUCGAACUACAACAAUUAAUAAAAAAAUGUAUCUGAAAAAACUAAUUUAUCUAAAAUAUUUGAUGAUAGUGAAGACUCAGAAGAAUUUGAUAAGCCUAAAACAUAAAAGAAAUCUCAAAAAAAGCUCUUUUCUUAAAAUUCUAAAAAAUAAAAAGAGUAAAAGAAGAAGAACAAUAACUUAAAUUCAAAAAGACGUCGCUUAAUUUAAGAGGAAGAAGAUUAUAGUGACGAUGAUGAUGAGUACGAUAGUGUAAAUUAAUUCUUUGAAGAAGAAGCAAAAUCAGAUGGUAUUGGAGAAGAUGAUUAUGAUGAAGAAGAUGAUUUUAUAGAUAAUAGAAAAAAAAUCUAUAAAAAUAAAAAGAAAAACGAAAUGAAAGAUUUUGAUGAUGACGAUGAGGAAUCUGAGUAUGAUGAUUUUGAUGCUUAAGACAGAAGUAAUAAUCGAAAUGGAUGUAGAAAAUAGCUGAGAAAAAAAAUAUGUUUAGAAGAUUAUGAUGAAAACGACUUUGAUGAUGGUUUCCAAGGAAGAAAAGAAAAAUCUAUUUAUUUGACUGAGGCUAAAAAGAAAUCAAAGGAAGAAUAUAAAUAAAAAGCUAAUAAAGAAAAUAAGAAGAGAGUCGUUGAUUCGGAUUAAUCUGAAUCUGAGAGAGCUAUCUCUUCUUCGGAUAAAAAAGAUAGAAGAUCCUCAUCAAGGAAGUAGAAUAGAAAUAAGAAAUUUGAUUUUUCAGAAUCUGAAGGAGCUGUAGAUGAGAAUGAUGAUUAUGAGGCUGAUUCGUUUAUUAAUGACGACAGCUAUGAAGGCGACUAAUAUGAAGAUGAAGAUCAAAUAAAUUUACAUUCACCUAGCAACGAAGAAGGUGAAGAAAAUGCUCAGUCUGAGAAGAUAUUUUUGAGCAUAGCAGACCAAAAGGCAAACAGAAAAAAGAAGAAACUUGUCAAAGGAGCUAACCUUGGAUAAAUAGAUCAUUUUAAAUGUUCAGUAUGCUAAGAUUAUCCUUAAUAGACUUUCUUUGGUGAGAUCAAUUGUUUUCAUAGAUUUUGCUUUGAAUGCAUAGAAAAUUGGUCUAAAGUAGCUAAUAAUUGCCCUGAGUGCAGACAAGAGUUUAACUAAAUUUUAAAGAGAAAUUUUGAUGGUACAGUCAAUAAUGCAAAACCCAUAAAAGUUCACAGAAAAAAAUAAAAAGUUAAUGAAGAAGACUACAUUUAAGAAGCUUAAGCCUUGUAAGAUUAAGAAGACAUGGCUGCCCUUGGAGAAGCAGCGGAAGAAGAACCAGUAAAUUAAGAACCAAGCUAUUGCUACAUAUGUACCAAGUCAGAUAAAGAAAAUUUGCUACUUAUUUGCGAUGUUUGUGACGAAAAUUACUGUCAUACUUUCUGCGAUGAAAAAAUAAAUUCCAACAGAGUUCCAACUGACAGGUGGGCAUGCCAUUUCUGUCGUUAUUGA